UAGUUCUUCUCUAUUACCUGUGAGAGGCACAUAUGCGGUUGCGAUAUGUGUCAUCUCCAUGCAACACCCAGGUCAAGAUUGUACUAUAUGGGCUAGCUAAUCCUAAUAUCUGCGUGCGACUGUGUAGUUGGUUUUUUUUAUUAAUUGUUAAGGCUGCCGUGUGGGCUGGCUUGAUUGUCAACUUCAGUCCUUGCGAACCACUGUGUUGGUUUCUAUUAUCAUAACCUAUUGCAUAGCUUAAUUGUUCACUUUAUUCUCUGCGUACUGCAGUGCUGGUUCCUCUCUAUUGCCUGUCAAGAUCGCUGCAUGGAUUAAAUCAAUUGCCAGCUUCAAUCCAUGCGUACUAUCAUGCUGGUCUUUACUAUCAUAACCUCUCAAGAUUGCUAGCGGGCUAAUCUCACGUGUACUGGGAUUCUCGUGUCUACAGGAGGAAGCAGGUUGCGUUGAUGUUUGACGUUCAUACUCUCACUCUUUUUUAUGUAUGGACGGGACCUCACGCAUCUUUGCAGCUCAUCAUUUACAAUGCGAUGACGUUCAGCGAAGAAAUCGACGCGGUUCGGACAUAUCACUUCAUCAUUACUUUUAACCUGAGGAUCCUACAACUUGCUCACAUCUACUGGGUUGACAUUGUGAUGCGACGCAAAUACCCCAUUGUGGAAGGCCCAUGGUAUCAGUCAGCAACUUCAAGAUAAGAUCGAAGUUGAACGGGGAUUUGUACACGCUGGCCACGAAACGACACAUGUCUCAGAACAUCGUGAAAUGAUUCGAUUCUUGAAUGAUACCCCUACGUUGGGCAGUAGUGGAUAACUUCGAUGGCCUGAGAUGUAUUUAUGUUUUGUCUAUGGCAAUCGAUUAACAGCAAUCGUAGACUCCUCAUUUAACCAGAUUUCACGACCUUUCUAUGCUGCCACUAGUACCCACCACUAAAAUGGACCACAAUGGGUGUUGGUCCGAAUAGGUCUUGCCAGUGUGAGGUAGGAAUCUGGUUAGAUGGCCUCAGUCAUGAUCCGGAUUCUGUGUGGAAUGAAUGAGUUUGUGCACAUUAUGAUAUCGUGGCAUGGCUCCGC